GGCUGGACUGAGCCCCGCUUCUAGAAAACCGUUUUUCUUUAGCACUAAACAAACAUUUUAAACAUUUUCCAAGAUGAGUCGGGAAAAGGGAAAGUUAGGAGAGCCGACUCUUAUCGAAAUGAAUGAGACCGCUUCACAAAGUGGAGAGGAGAACAAUGGUUUUCAUCUCAAUUCGGAAAGCAGAUCACUUCAGUAUGGUGAAGCUCUGGUGGAUAAACAACAUCAAAGUAAGGACUCUGUGUACUUCAAAGAUGGUGUACGGCAAGUGGAUUUUGUUUUCUCGUAUGUUGAAGAUAAAGAGGACAGAAAACGGGAGAGAAGAAAACAGUAUGAGGCUAACCUGCAGAAGGCGGGGCUAGAGCUGGAGCUUGAAGACAAAUCGGAAUCCGAGGAUGGAAAAACAUUUUUUCUAAAGAUCCAUGCCCCGUGGGAAGUGCUGGCCACCUACGCUGAUGUUCUGAAGAUUAAAGUGCCUUUUAAAGUCAACGAUAUCCCUGAUAACCGAGAAAUUCCCGCUGCAUGGCUCUUCACGCCAUUUCGCCUGCCUAAUGAAGUCAUGCACCCUGAACCAGACUACUUCACUGCACCCUUCAACAAGAGCAAGAUUGACUUCUUCCUUAUCGAUAACAAAGAUACCUACUUUCCCAACUCAACACGCAACAGGAUUGUGUACUACAUCAUCUCCCGCUGCCCUUAUAAUAAAGACGACAAACUCAACAAGGAUAAGCGCGGCAUUAAGCGACUGCUGAACAAUGGAACCUACACCUCGGCCUUCCCUCUGCAUGAUUGCAGGUACUGGACCAGAUCUCGGGACCCAAACUGUGAGAACGAGAGGUUCAGCCUCUACCAAUACUGGGCUCGUUUUCUCCGCUUUUACAAGGAGCAGCCACUCAACUCUAUCAGGAGAUACUAUGGAGAGAAGAUCGGGAUCUAUUUUGCCUGGCUGGGCUUUUAUACCGAGAUGCUGUUCUAUGCUGCAGUGGUGGGACUUGCCUGCUUUAUCUACGGACUUGUGACCUAUAAUAAGGAAGUCUGGACUAAAGAGAUCUGUGAUGAGAAUGUUGGUGGCGAGAUUGUCAUGUGCCCUCUCUGUGAUAAAAAAUGCGGCUAUUGGAAACUUAACAGUACCUGCAACUCCACGUGGCAAUCACAUCUCUUUGACAACACGGCGACGGUGUUCUUUGCCAUAUUUAUGGGUAUAUGGGUCACCCUGUUUCUGGAGUUUUGGAAACGUCGGCAAGCCAGGCUGGAGUACGAGUGGGACCUGGUGGACUUUGAGGAGGAGCAGCAGCAACUUCAGCUUAGACCCGAGUACGAGACCAAGUGUACCAGCCAGCGUCGUAACCGCAUCACACAGGAAAUGGAGCCUUACUUACCAGUAACAAGCAAGUGUGCUCGCGCUGUUUUCUCUGGGGCCACCGUCUUAUUCUGGAUUUCUUUGAUCAUAGCAAGUAUAAUUGGGGUGAUAGCAUAUCGGUUGGCUGUGUUUGCGGCUUUGGCGAGCGUAAUGAAAGACAGCCCCACCAAUAACGUGGAAGUGGUGGGUUCAAUCAUCACUCCACAGCUGGCCACUUCUGUGACUGCCUCUUGUAUCAACUUUGUCAUCAUCAUGGUACUUAACUUCCUGUAUGAACGGGUGGCCAUUUGGAUCACAGAUAUGGAAGUUCCUAAAACGCAUUUGGAGUAUGAGAACAAACUGACCGUCAAGAUGUUCCUCUUCCAGUUUGUUAACUACUAUUCCUCCUGCUUCUACGUGGCCUUUUUCAAAGGAAAGUUUGUUGGCUACCCUGGCAAAUAUGUAUACAUGUUUAGUGAGUCGACUGGGCUGCGGAAUGAAGAGUGUGACCCCGGUGGUUGUUUGAUUGAGUUGACCACUCAGCUGGUGAUCGUGAUGGCUGGUAAACAAGUGUGGGGAAACAUCCAGGAGGCUUUGGUUCCCUGGUUGCAGAACUGGUGGAGAAGCAGAAGCGCUCGCAGUCAUCCAGAGAGUCUGUACAGCCGCUGGGAGCAGGACUAUGAUCUGCAAAACUUUAGCCAGUUUGGCCUGUUCUAUGAGUAUCUGGAAAUGGUGAUCCAGUUUGGUUUCAUCACACUGUUUGUGGCAUCCUUUCCACUGGCUCCCCUCUUGGCUCUGAUAAACAAUAUUUUGGAGGUGCGUGUUGAUGCAUGGAAGUUAACCACUCAGUUCCGCAGACCUGUUGCAUCUAAAGCCCACAGCAUUGGUGCCUGGGAGGAGAUCCUCAAUAUGAUCGCCAUACUCUCUGUAGUAACCAACGCCUUCAUUGUGGCGUUUACUUCUGAUAUGAUUCCUCGGCUGGUGUAUUUCUACUCAUAUUACCCGGGUACUGAGCUUACCAUGCAGGGCUACAUCAGCAACAGCCUAUCCAUCUUCAACAUCUCACAGUUCAAGGACAAUAACAAACCUGAUCCAGAUGAAAAUCCUGCUUGGUUCAACAGCAGCAUGAUUACCACCUGCAGGUACAGAGAUUACCGCUACCCCCCAGGCCAUGAAUAUCAGUACUUGCACACCAUGCAGUUCUGGCAUAUUCUGGCCGCCAAAAUGGCUUUCAUUAUUAUUAUGGAGCAUGUGGUGUUUGUGGUGAAGUUCUUUGUGGCUUGGAUAAUUCCGGAUGUGCCGUCUGAUGUAAAGGCUCGUGUAAAGCGUGAGCGCUACCUGGUGCAGGAAUACAUGCACAACUAUGAGGUGGAAAAGCUGAAAAUUCAACUUCAGAAUGGAGGCGAUUGCAUCUGUCCACAGACAGCUAACGUGACACACGAGGUGCUUUCUGAAUGCCUGACUUAAACACUUUCCUGCUCAAAUUCUCCACAAAAACAAACUCAUGUGAAAAUGAAAGUGUGUGCUAUCAGCCAUUUACCUUACUCUGGGCCACAGACUGUUUUUGCCUUUUCUGAUAGCUUCAGGUUAGGAUGAGCUCUAUUUAGUCCAUGAAAAUAUAUAAAUUUGGACAUAUUUAUUAUUUAAGAUCCUUAAUCUGAGAAGUUUGAUAUGCAAGAUCCACACUGACAGCUGUCAGUAGUCCUUAUUGUAUGACAGGACUUGUACAUGAACAUUUCACUUGUUUAGAUUUAUAGAGAUUUAAAUUCAGGAAGAAAAUGAUAUUACACAUCCAAAGACAAGAUUAUAGAUGCCUUCUGUCUGUGAAUAAACUAUAUGAUUACAGAUGCCUUCUAAUUUCAUACAUCUAAAGAAUCUAUGGUAGGAAAUUCAGUUUACUGUUAUUCCUUAUUUCAACUGAUGUAGCUUUCUUU